AAUGCAACACAAAAAAAAAGCUCCUUCCUGCCAGGAAUUGGCUAGAAAUAUCUGAAGAAGUGUGGUUUGAGAGAAACAAUCGGGGCUCUUUUUGACUCAUCUCAUGCUCUACUCUAUUGUGAGAGCAUUUGCAGACAGUCAGAAAAAUGACUGCUAAAAGCAACUGCACGGCAAUCAACAUUGACUUUAAGAAAGUCUUUCUGCCCUCCGUGUAUGUGCUGGUGUUCAUCAUCGGUCUCGCUGCAAAUUGCUGGGGCUUGAAAUCGAUGCUUGUCAACUGGAAAAAACUGGGAAAUGUUCGGAUUUUCGUCCUGAACCUCGGCGUGGCGGACCUGCUCCAUAUCAUCACCCUGCCCUUUCUGGCUUAUUACGAGAACAAGAAGUGGAUUUUUGGAUCCACUUUCUGCAAGAUGACGAGAUUCUGCUUCAACCUGAACCUGUACGGCAGCAUCGGCUUCCUCACCUGCAUCAGCCUGUACAGGUACCUGGGCAUCGUCCACACCAUGAGGUUCAAGGGAAGAAUCUCCAGCCACCACUGUGUGGCCCAAAGUAUUCUUGUCUGGUUGCUGGUGUGUGUUCAGAUUACUCCUGACAUGUACUUUGAGAAAAUCCCCCCUAGUGCGCCCUACCGCUGCUUUGACACCGCUCUCGACAAAAACUUGAAGCAAUACUUCAACUACAGCAUAGGGUGGACCAUCGUGGGGUUUUGCGUCCCUCUGCUCAUCAUCUUGGGAUGUUAUGGACACGUGGCCCUGGUCCUGUCCAGGAAAGACAAUUUGCAGGACUCGGUGAAGGAGCGGAGCCUGAGGUACGUGGUCACUCUGGCUGUGUUGUUCUCUGUUUGCUUCAUCCCGUUCCACGUGUUUCGCCUCCUGAACCUGAAGACCAGGAUCUUGAAAGCUGAAGGCACCUGCCAGGAAAGUUUCAAGAGCAUUUAUGUUGCUCACCAAAUAUGCCGUGGUCUCGUUUGCCUGAACAGUGCCAUCAAUCCAGUGGUGUAUCUCUUCCUGUACAAUGACGCUUACGUGCAGUUUCUCAGGAUGAAAGAAAGAGUUCGGAAAUCUCUAGGACGACUGAGCUUAGUGGCGUUGAACAGCACCAGCAGAACUGAAACCCCCGAAUCUCCCAUUUAAGAGCACAAGCACAGUAAAGGAGAGGACCCACUAAAGUCAAUGAUGCUGAGAACAGCAAUAUGAGUGUUAUCUGCCCAAAAUUUUGCACCACGAUGAAAUGUUGUGCUGUCAUAAAUUCUUUCACAUUUUGGAUGCUGUAUCAUUUAAUCCGUCGCGUAACUCUGUCUACUUGCACCACCUCGCUGUACCUGGAACACAGUAAAUAAUCGAGAGUAAGUAAUUGUGUUCUUCAUUCUGUAGUCUAGCAUCAUGUUGUUAGGAUGAUGAUCGUUCUGAGUGAUUUUGACCAAGAAUACAGGCUGACGUUUUUUGCAAAGUCUUGUAAAUGGAAUAAACUCUGCAGUGGACUGGGUGUGAAUUGUCAUAUAAAAAAUCUUGGAUGUUCUUACUUAUUUCUGAAAAUAACUGCUUGUAGUUGUAAGUCCGCUUGCAGCUGUAAAAGGACAAAUAUGCAUUUUGUUUUUACAUGUCCCUUACAAUUAAAAAGAGUGUUAGAAUGUAAAA